AUGGAUCCAAUAGAAGCUGGCGACUGGAUAGCGGGUCGGCCUCUUCAACUUGUUUUUCUCUCCGGGUUGGAUCCAGCCAACAAACCUCACCACAGUAACGUAGUGAAUGUCUUCCUCAAUCGUACAGCAGAAAAACCGCCUCUUCAAAUCCGUGUCGUUUCCGGGGAACUGGAUAUUCCACCGAAGCGUGAUGAGAAAGGGUUGGAUAAAGGAAUCCUUCGGCGCGAGUGGCCUUCAAAGUAUCUGGAUAAGGUGCCAGCAUUGAUUGUGGUGUUCAUUGAUCUCGAUUGGAAUCACCCAUCAUGGGAAGAUAAGAAAACGGAGGCUGAGAGCAAAGUAGCCAGUAUCCGAGCCUCGUUGCGACAUGGAACGAAGGUCGCGUUGGUUCUGAUUCAGCAAAAAUCUACUAAUGUCAGUGACAACCUGGCAGCCGACAGAGCCCACGAACUGUGUCAAGCAUGCUCUCUAUCAUCAAAGCAACUCUUCAUCUUGUCAGCCGACAAUCUACUUCCGAAUUCUAUGUCGAAUCUCCAAAACUUCUCUCUGAAACUUGAGAUGGCUUUUCAUGAACUGUGUCAAGUGUUCUAUCAUCAACGACUCAAAACUAUCAGAUCUCGAAGCAUUCCGAAUAAUUCACCGGCUCUCGUUGUUCGUCAACAAUUCAAACUGGCGUUUCUCUCAGAACUCAGACAAGAUACACAUACAGCAUUGAGAAACUAUAGGCUGGCUUAUGAUCAGUGUAAGGACACUGUCGAACAAUGGGAUGGUGUCGAUGUUUUUGAAUGGAGAAGUGUUGUUGGAUUGCUGAACUAUAAAAUGUGUGAAUUAGCCUUCCUACACAGCACAGCACUUGAAGCGAUCAACCAAAUGCGCCGACACGCCACAAUCUUUUUCUCAUCAGCUCCAGGAAUCUACCCAACUCCUCAUCUUGCAUCUGUUGAGCUUCUUCUCUGGAAAUCUAAACAGUGCUACCAAUUCGCUCAUCUUUUCGAACGUUCCGUGGCCAGUGGUCUUUCAGCACUUGCUACGUUGAAUCCUGGGACACAUUUGGAUCAAGCCGCCGGAAUUUAUGCAGCAGCCAAUACAGAAAUCUUGGCUUUAAAACGAAAUUCACCUCAAAAUGUGCCAUACCCUAAUCCAGACCCAUUGGCUAAAGCUUCAAGUACAGUAUUCUUUGGUCAACGACCAUGGAGAGUUAACUGUGAAGGAUUGGCAAGUGCAGAAGUGGAAGCAGAUGCUGUCAACGCAAUCACACAGAGACUAGUAGUGAAUCAUGAAGGUGUCAUUACACUUUUGUCCGCUGCGUUAGCUCAAUAUCAGAAGUAUGGAUGUAUGAGAAUGAAGAAAAAAGUGAUGAUGGAAAUGGCUAAUACCUGUUAUGCCAACAAUGAAAUUCAACGAGCACUUCGAUUCUGGGGAAUGGUCAUCAAGGAUAAUGCUCUACCGUACUCGAUUCGUAAGGAUAUGAUGCAUCGUGCAACGUGGGCUGCCUACGCGAUCACUAGUAUCCAGGAUUUUGCGAUCUGCUGUAUGCAACUAAUGUGUCCAGCUUAUUCCGAAGUUUUACCAUCGGACUGUGUUGGUUGUUUGAUGGAUUUGCUGGAAGGGAAACCACCAAGAGCGCCUUUCCCAAAUGAUGAUAUUUCAAAAGAUCAGCUACUCACAUACCAAACGCAAUUCCAACAAGUGAUUAAAGAAGCUCGAGAUCCGUUUGUCGUUCAUGCCUCGAAAAUCGCUGAGCUCUUUCUGGAGACACGUGUCUCGUUUCUAGAUGAACAGACUGUAGAGCAGGGAUCGAGAGUAGUUGUGAGGGUGGAGCUGAUUUCGAAAAUUGGACAAAUGUUCAGACUCAACAAUGUGAUAGUGCACCUGAAAGCAAAGAAGUUUCCACAAGAUUCCGCAUCCACCACCACUGAAACCGAUUUCCUUCUCUACGACCCGAUUCCUUUGGGACCUGUAGAUGUCAACAUUGAUUCUCCGAUGCAACGUGUCGUUCUUGUGGAUCUGAAAGAUGCGAAACAAAAUUGGAUAGUGACGGUGUCAAAAGUAGUUCUAAGUAUGGGAACGGGCGUUCGUGGAGAUGUGGAAUUCGAUGAGAAUGCGUUGAAUCGCAAUUGCCACGUUGAGAACAUUGUCGGCUUGGAAUUUUUAAAAAUAGGAGGAGAGAAGGCGUCGAUUGAACUGAAAAAAACCAUCAAUGUGGAUUGUCUGAUAGGAGAGGUGACAAGCACCGAAAUCACGCUGAAGAACAACUCGAAGCAAUCAUUCUACGGUCUUCAGUUGGAUUUUAAAAGAAAAGAGCAGAAGCACACGGAAGCGGCUGCCGUGUUGUUCGUGGAAAAGGAUGGAAAUGAGCUGAAAUCCGAGUUUUCGAUGACAAUUUAUGAGAAGUUCGAUGCAGGAGAAGUGGUCACAUUCCCUCUGAUGUUCUCCGCUCAACUCAUCGGCGAAUACGUGCUUCAACUAGAGCUUUCCUACACUUCUGAAGACGUCGCCAAAACGAAAACCACGCUUGUGGAAGUAGGCGUUACGGCUACAGAACCGUUCUCAGUCACCUCCACCGUUCUCAACGUUAACGGAAUUCCGAUGUCAUCGAUUCUGAAUAAUAAUGAUCACAUUCUGAACGUAGCUAUUGAAUCCGGAAGCUCCAUCGUAAUUAGUUCUGUGGAGUUUCUGAUGGCUGACGUGGUCACGCUUUGCGACACGAAGAAUGGAGGAUCCGGCAAGGACUUGAACGGUAUUUUAAAGUUAUUCCGAAAAGUCUGCAUUUUUGGUUUUCCAGAUGUCGUAGAAGCCGGAGAGGUGAUGGCUUAUUCGGCCGUCAUUCGAGUUAUGGUAAAGGAAGAGGAAACGGAGACGCCACUUGGUCGGAUGUGUGUCGAGUGGAGACGUUCUUCCCCGGACUCGUGCCCAGUCCGCUCCAUCGUGCCCCUGCUUCGAAUUCCUGUGCUGCCCUGUCCACUAUCGAUCACCAACCACAUCAAGACCAAUCCGGCAGUGGUACGACAACCCAUCGACAUCAGUUUUGAGCUGAGAAAUCACUCGAAGGAGGUAAUCGAGGUGAGCACCAAUUUCGACCUCAACGACGUGUUCAUGUUCAGUGGAGAGCGAAAGAGAUCCAAUAGUGGGAUUGUUCCUAAAAUUAUUGAGAUUAUACAGCCUAGUUUCUUGAGUAUUCUUCAGUAUUUAGGAACUCAAUACCAACUAAACUUUUUUCAGAUCACCGUCACAGUGCUUCCUGGUGCCACGCGAAGAGUGACCGUAGUCGUCAUGGCUCUCAGUGCCGGUCGUCUCAAUUUCCCGAAAAUUUCGCUCAAGUCUGCACAAAUCGCCGAUUCAGUGCUCCAACAAGCUCUUCGCUCCCUUCCAGCAACGAUUUUCGUCCUGCCAAAAUCCAAGGAAUUCGUCACAACAUCGCCACAUCUUUGA